AUGGUUUACAUAGAAGUAGAGAAUACACUAUCAACUACAGUCGCAGCAACGGCUGUUGGAGUCACUGCCACUGUAGCAGCACCCUUCGUAUUAAGUGCUGUAGGGUUUGGAGCAGCAGGUGUUAUGGCGGGUUCUUGGGCAGCAUGGUUGAAGACUUCUGUAACUGUAGGCGGUGGAUGGUUUGCUACGUGCCAGAGUGCUGGGGUUUUAGGGAUGGCAGCCACUACAAAAGCAGCGAUAGUCACAUUUAAAGCAUAA